AUGGCAGAUCAAGGGUCCACGUGUGGGGCUUUCAAGGAAGAUGCCGACGGAAUCGCUGAUGAAGAGAUCAACGAAUAUGCAAGAUGCAACGACAAGACAUCAGAUUCAAACCCCCAGCUUAUCUCAUUCAACGGCACCGCACAAUCCUAUCAGAUUGGUCACAAUUAUGGGGUGGUUAAAGCCUAUUUCAGUCUCACCAACCGGGUCAUCAAAAAGCGUCUGAUAGACCUAGCUCGCCACUUCAAUUUUCUGGACUGCGGGUUUGCGGAAUACUUUCAGUCGGUCGUGCCGUCCUUUGACCGAGACUAUGUCCAGCAACGCCUCAAUGAUAUUCGGGAGGAUAUCACUAAAAGACAAAGGUCGCAUCCAACCAGUUCGGAGAGCCCAGAAAUGAUCUAUCUUGGGGAUUUGGGCGAGUUCUGUGAAGCGGUGUCCAAGACCUGGAAUAACGAAUGGUACCGACAUGGAUCGCCAAGAUCCACUUCAUGCUUCAGUUCCACUCAUGGGCGAGACCAGGAAAUUUUCGAAUACCUACAAGAUGCCUUUGAGACAUAUUACUGGGAGCUUAUGCUGGACAUAUUCUUAUAUUGGUCUAAGAACUCGAAGUCUCUCAGCGGGGACAUCGUUCUCAAGGUCUUAGGAAGCAUGGGAAGAGAUAUCAGAAACGGUCGAAAUCAGCUCCUCAGAGACAUCGAAGCACAGUCAGAGGAUUCCUUUGAAGAUCUAGCUCCAAUCAUACGAGGAAUCGAUGAAAGAAUCGCUGUCCUGUGUUCUGUGGGCGAUCUGAGCGAAUGCUCUUCCUUGGAUAUGCAGGGACUGUUGGCCCUCCCAGUCUCCAAGCCACAAGAAUCCCAGUCCACAUCCCCAGAAGAGCAUUCGGUUGCUAGGAAUUCCGCGAUACUGAUCAAAGAAAGAGAAAAUGUUGGGCUCAUAGCUUUGAUCCUCAUAUUCCUCAUCGCGGCGAUAGUUCCGGGAUACAUAGCGUUCUCAAUAUCCUGGAAAUCGAGCGCACCAGGCUCAGUCCAUGAUGCAGACUUUCUGUAUCUUAUCCAGAGCAGUCUCAUGUCCGUGCUCGGCAACUUGGUCAUGGUGAUCCCCCUAUUGAAGAAGUCCGUAUUUUCACCGAUUUACGCCACGAUGUGGAUGUUUUUCACCCUGGGGUUAUUUUUUGCGGUCAUCUCAAUUAUCCUAUAUCCUCUUUUUAACACAGGUUGGAGUUCGAUGGUGGCCUUUUUCGGUUCUAUUUGUUCCGUCGCUUCGGUGCUGGUUAUGACGCAGGAUGCAGCGAGGGAUUGGCCACAGAAGAUGAAAAACGAUUGA